AAAUGCUUUCUUAGAAUUUAAGAAGCGCCAAACCUCUAUGCAAGUGUUAAAUAACUAAAAAAUGUGCAUCUCAUCAUAUAUCCUAAUUCUCUCCCUUCUCUCUCUUUUUUCUCAAGGUUUUCUACUCUCAGUUUCAAAGUCUCUGCAAGAGGUCGAAGAUGAAGAUAUGUUGCUAGCUGCAUUAAACCUAGGAAAAACUCUACAAAAUGGAGACAAAAGUAUGAGUAGAGGAGCUAUACCUUUGCUGAAGCACUACAAGACUGAAGACAGCAGUGUUUUCAAUUAUAAGAAUGCUGGAAACAUGAAGUUUUUGGACAGAAGUUCCAGACAUGAUUUCUUCAAUCAUGUUAAGCCAAUCAACUUAGGCAGAAAGCAACUACCUUAUCCUGCACUGAAGGGAGCCAUGGCUUUUCCAGCUGACACUGAAAUUCAAAAUAUUGAGUCAAUACAGGAAAGAGAUACUACAGAUGAAGAAAAUUCAGCUAAAUUCCCUAUAGGAAGAAGAGAUUUUGACAUCCUCAGGUGUAUGCUGGGAAGAGUCUAUCGACCUUGUUGGCAAGUGUGAAAACCACUUAUCUCCACCACCUUCUCUGAAGAUUAAAC